CUCCUCCUUCUCUUCCUUCACAACUCCAAUGCUUCGCUCUCUUCCACUCCAGUUCCCCCGACGCUUGUUCUCCGUCUCCGCCAAAAUGGCCUCCACAACCCCGAUGGAAGACCUCAUGCGCGACAAGAUUGCUCACGCAUUCACUCCCUCAACACUCAUAAUUCGCAAUGAUUCCCACAAGCACGCGCACCAUGCUGCCAUGCAGGGAGCCACAUCGAAGGAAACGCAUUUCCAUGUCACGAUUACCUCCGACUCUUUUGAAUCGAAGAUGCAGCCUGCGCGGCAUCGGAUGGUGUAUGCCUUGUUGAAGGAGGAGAUGAGUCAGGAGGGCGGCAUCCAUGCGUUGCAGUUGAAGACGAAGACGCCCGCUGAGGAGAAGCGAGAGAAGGAAAGGGAAGCGCAGGCAUAAGGAUACAAUUGAAGCAUUGAUUAUAUUAUAGUGUAUCCAUAGAGAUUGAUACCCGA